AUGGACUUCCGAGACAGAAUCAACGUCCUCCUCAGGACCUUCCCUGGGCUAUCUCUACCCAAGACCGUCUCAUUCGCUCUCCCCGCUGGAACCACAACGACAGACCUUCUGGAGCAUCUCACAACCAUCAUCCCACCAUCCAUCUCUGCACAGCUCAUCCUGACAACAACCUCCAACCGCACCGUCCGUCCUUCGCCCAACCUCGUAACCUCACUGAUCUCGCCCACCAACAACAACAACAACAACAACAACAACCAUGGCACCCUCCUCCCGCUACAGCUCCACGCCCCGCUGCCCGGCGGCAAAGGCGGUUUCGGCGCCCAAUUGCGCGCAGCGGGCGGCCGCAUGUCAUCUCGCAAGCGCAAGAACGCCCUGGCAUCCGACCCCAACGCCGGAGUCGGCUCCAACCGCAACCUCGACGGGCGCCGCUUGCGCUCCAUCACCGAGGCGAAGAAUCUAGCCGAAUAUCUCGCCACGAAGCCGGAGAUGGAGAGACGAGAGAAAGAGGAGCGGAGGAGGAGGUGGGAAGCAGUGGUGGAGGGGGCGGAGAGGAGGGAGGAGGAGAUGAGGAAAGGUAAGAGGGGAAAGGGAUUGAGUGAGGAGUGGUUGGAGGAGAGGGAGGAUGCGGGCGAGAGGACUAGAGAGGCGGUUAGGAAGGCCAUGGCAGGCGGAAAUUGGAAAGACAAUGUUGCGGGAAUGGCGGCAAGUCAGGUUGCUGUAGACGGUGGGGCGGGUGCGAGUGCAAUUAAGAUCCUGGAAAAGGAAGCGGCCGACGGAGAUGUGGAUGCGAUAUGGGUGCUUCGGAAUCGAGUCAAGAAACCAGCACCCAAGGAAAAGGAGGAGACGAGGUAUGUCGGCUUUGACGAGGAUGACGAGUUCAUGAGCAGUUCGGGAGAUGAGCAGUAUGUACCGACGAUUGAAGGGAAAGGGAAGGAGAAGGUGUCUUCUUGA